GAUGGCUCUAGGCGACUUUAUUAGACAACUACUUAGCAGCGAUUUAAGUUGUGAGGUUGACCCUCUUCGUUUAUGUAAUGGAAAUGCUUCUUCUUCCGGUUCAUCUUCAUCAGGUUCUGGUAGCAGCAUUUCUUCCCAAUUAGAAAAAAGUAGACAACAAUUAACUAGACAAGUUGAAACUGCUUGGAGAAGAAUUCUUGCAUGUCAACAUUUAUUCCCCUAUCCUUUAAGACUUUUAUUUUCUGGACUUAGACAUCGUUUAGAACAAGCUGGACGAGCUGAAUUGACAGACAAUUUACUUUCCUCUUCCAUUUUUCUUCGAUUUCUCUGUCCAGCAAUUCUAUCACCUUCCCUCUUUGGAUUAGUAAAUGAAUAUCCAACUGGACAAGCAGCAAGAAAUUUAACAUUAAUAGCCAAAUCAUUACAAACUCUAGCUAAUUUUACUCGAUUUGGUGGCAAGGAGGGUUAUAUGGAAUUUAUGAAUAAUUUUGUUGAAAGGGAAUGGAGAAAUAUGCAACACUUUUUACGCCAAAUAUCAGCACCAUGUGCCCGUUAUUGCCAAGCAUGUGAAGCUCAUGAUAGUAUGGUUGAUUGUACUAUAGACCUGGGAAAGGAAUUGAGCUUACUUGCUAGCUAUAUGAGGGAACAUUGUGAUCAAUUGAUGGAACAACGAAAAGAAAAUUUGAAUUUAAAUAAAAAUAGUAAUACAACAACAACAUUAAUAGCAAUAAAACAAUUGUGGAAUGCAUUAAUGACAAUAAGUAAUUGGGGAAAUAAUUGUUGUGAUAAAGAGGGAGGAGAAGAGGAUGAGGAGGGUAACGAAGAAGGAAAAAAAUUUUUUAAAGAGGAUAAUGAAGGAGGAAUGACAUCAACUAUAGAAGGACAUAGCCCUGGAAAUCCCCCUUCUGAUUAUGAAAAUAAUAAUACAGUUAUAACUACUACAACAACAAAGGUCCCAGAAAGUUUGUGGAGACAACCACCGCCUAUUCCAAUGGCUAGAAGGACAGUUAUGAUACCUCAACCUAUUGAAAUCCCUUCUGAAAAUAAAUAUAAUAGAGGCAAUUUAUAUGGUGGAGGAGGUGAAGGAUGUCAACCUAUUAGUGCUCCUCCUGUUCCAAAUUCUCCGUUUUCGUUCCUCUCGUAUCUCAAUCGCUUAGGAACCUUCCAUCUUCCCAGGAAUCUUUCAUCCUAUUCCAUCUCAAUUUCUCUUAUCAUCCAAGUUAUCUCAACUUAUCCCAUCUAUUUCCCAGUUAUCCCACCUAUAAAAAUUUUCAAAAGGAUUGAGACUCUUUGGAUUGAGGAGAAGGAUGAAGAUAUCUUAUCCCAACUAUUUCCCAAUUAUCCCGCCUCCAAAAAGGUGGAAAAAAAUUAUCAAUUUUUUUCAAUUACCAAUUACCAAAUUUUUAAAAAUUUUUUAAAAUUUCAAAAUAAAUUUUUAAACAUUUAUUCACUGGCUUUAAUUAAAUUUGGAUAUUUUUUUCAGGAACAAAAAACCCGUUUUUCAUUUUCCCCAAACAACAACAAUUCUUCUUCUUAUGUUUCAACAGCAGCAGUUCACCAUUUAAAUACUUCAGAUGAUUAUGUUUUAAGUUCAGCAUUAUCAAAACUUAGAACAACAACAAAACCAUUAAAUCCUCCAACAAAACAACAAUGUUGGAAUUCAAAUAAUUCAAGUUGUAUACAUUUAUAUGAUGAAACUAGUAAUAGAAGAGGGGUAGUAGUAGAUAAUUUACAACAACAACAGCAACAACAUUUAUAUGAUGAAGUUCCAACAGAUUCUAAUUUGACAAUCUUACCUCCACCAUCUGCUAGUAGAGCUUUAAAUGCUGGUGUAGUUAUUGCACAUAGAGGUGUUGCUAGCCAUGAAGCAACUCAACGUAGAGGAGAAUUGUGUACUCCACGUGUAAUUCAAAGGAACGCUUUUAGGGCAAUGGAUGAUGAAGCUGAUGAUGAAAGUGAAUCUGAAGAGGAUGGGAGAGUACAAGAAAUUGUGGAGGAAAAUGAAGAGUUUAAUCAAAGACGUCCACCUCCAAAUAGAAGACGCCGUCCCCCUUCAGCCAAUGGAUAUACAAAUUCUUCAAUAAUUUCACAUGUUAGAAAUUGUUCUAGUGGAGAACAACAACAACAACAACAUUAUGGCAUUUUUAAUGAGUCAAUUAAUAAUUUUGAUUCUUCUUCAGCCUCUGUUGGAAGUAAUAAUCGAAAAAAGAAUAUUGGUGGUAUUAAUCAAAUGAUAAUACCUCCCUCUUCUGGAUAUCAAAGUCAAUUAAAUAGUAGUAGUUAUUCAAACUCUUCUUCCCCUACAAACACAACAGAAAGUUCCCCACCACCACCAUCCCAACAACAAACAACAUCAAUAAUCAGUAAUUUAAUUCAAUCACCAAAAAUUCUUUUAAAAAAUCCUCCAAAAAUUUCAAAAAAUGUUUUUUCUUCAAAUAUAAUAUCUUCUAAUAAUUCUUGCCAAAGUUCUUCAUCCUCUUCUGCAUCCUCAGCAUAUUCUUCUCUUUCACCAACAAAUCAACAGAAACAACAACAACACUUGUUUAAUAAUAAAUUAAGAAAGAGUGCAGAAAAUGCAGCAAUGCAUUUGUUGGAAGAAUUAAAUGCUGGCAAAUCAGAACAACAAACCAGAACAGAAUUACAACAACAACAACAACAACAUUUACCUAAACCCAGGCAUUUUGUUUUGUUUGUUAAAACAAACCCAAGUUGUUGGUCAAUCCCCGCGUCUUCUUCUGGUCACUUACAACAACAACAACCACCACAACCUCGUUCAGCUUUUAUUGGUUCAAACCCAACAGAUCCAUUAACAGCCUUUGUUCGUUAUCCAUUACAUUCAUCUUCUUCCCCACAAAAAAUUUCUCCAAAAAAAUUAGAAGAAGAAAAAGAGGAUUAUCAAAGAAAAUUUCCCCAAAAAUUCCCAACAUGUUCAGAAAUUUAUUGGUCAGAAAAUAAUAAUAAAAACAAAUUAAUUUCUUCAACAUCAGAAAUUAAUUCGAACAUUCCAUGGUCAAAACAACAAAUUUUAUUACCUUCCCAACAACAAGUGGCUUCCCAACAACAACAUGUUUCUCAACAACAAGCUUCUCAACAUCAAACAACAAUACCAAACUUGUUGGCUGCUGAAUUGGAGCUAAUAGAGGCACAACGUUGUCAAAUUGCCGAAUUAACAAGGCAAAAUGCUGCUUUAAGGCAAGAAUUAAAUUCGGUUAGAGCUAUAAGUAGUCAACAUAUUGUUGCUGGUAGAGAAGAAAAAAUAAUAGCUUCGGCUGAGUCGAUGUGA